AUGGCGCAGCAGCGGGAGGUCAUUGACACGGUCUCCAAGGCGUGCGCGUACGGGGACUUUGACGCCCUGCGGCGCUACGUGGAAGCUGACCCCACUUGCGUUAACGCGCCGGACGAGCAGGGCUACAUCCCCCUGCAAUGGGCCGCCCUCAACAACCGGGUCGCCGAGUGCACGUACCUGCUUUCCAACGGCGCCGACAUCAACGCGGCAGACUCCACCGGCCAGACCGCGCUGCACUGGGCGGCGGUGCGCGGCAGCCUGCCUGUGCUGGAGACGCUGCUGCGCAACGGCGCCGACGCGGGGCUGGAGGACGCGAGGGGGUACACCAUAUGCCACGUGGCCGCGCAGUACGGCCAGACCGCGGUGCUGUUCCACUUGGCCAUCAAAUGGGGCGUCGAUGUGGACUCGCCAGACAGCGACGGCCGAACGCCGCUGCACUGGGUGCGUGGCGCGGCGGCUGCCGCCCGGCGGGCCGCGGCCUGGGGGGCGGCCUACAAGGGCUUUGCUGACGCGAUCCGGCUGCUGCUGGUGCUGGACUGCCGCUACAGCCUGCCCGACAAGGAGGGCUGCACGCCGCUGCACUGGGCCGCAAUCAAGGGCAACGGCGAGGCCUGCACCGUGCUCGUGCAGGUGGGGGGCGCUCGGGAGAGGGGGCGGGCUGAGGGGGAGGAGGCGUGA